UGGUGAUAUUUUGAAAGCCUUAAAGAACAAAUUUCCCAGACCUUUUCAAUUCUAUCUGACUCAGCUUCCCAGACGGAGUCCGUUCUCCUGUGUGCUCGACAUGAUUGUCCUGCUGAAGAAUCCAGAGAACGAAGAGCAAAUAAGAAAGAGUCUGCAAGAACUCAUCAAAAACCUUGCUCCACUUUUUCUGGUCUCCUCCACCAUCUGCAUUUCCCAGAAAUCCAAAACCGACCAAAAUUCAAAGAGGUACUACGGAGUCUCCAUGUCCACCAACGGUCCUAACCCGGGGAAAAUUGUGAUUGCUGCCUCCUGUCUUAGCAAAUGGGAUGAAUAUGUAUCUGGUGCAGUGAUGACCUAUUAUCCAAAAAAGGUCAAGAAAGAUUACUUUGAUGGAACCAUUGAAGUACCUGGAGACAUCAGGUGUGAGGCAUUUAAUCUCAGUAAUGAUGAAAAAAUGAACCCUUGCAGCUCAUGUCACAAUUUGUUUGGCUUGAACACAACAGAAACAAAAGAGUGGGAGUAUGGUAACUGUGCUGAACCCGAGAGCCUGAGCAACUUGCUUACAAAUGAGGAAGAAGUUAAAAAUAAAACACAUGUGCACGAACACUCAGCUGAAAACAGGCAGAGAGCUAAGGAAGAGGUUCGUAAGGAUCUUAUGAGUGUGUUACGAACAAUUCAGUUUAAGACAUGGACAGGAGAAUUUUACACCCCAGAAUCAUAAGGUGCAGAGGUGACCUGAUACAUCUGCUUUGGUCUGAUUCUGAUGAAUAAAUGAUGCUCUGACAGAAUGAGUGUGGAUUUGCUCAAACUGUUUACUCUCCAGCUCCGUAUAAUGUGCUUGUUAGAAAUUAUAUGUAAUAAUAAAAUCAGGCUUCUACGUUUUAAAAUGCAAUAUGAAGGAUGCGAGACAGCAAUUAUUGGGAAGAAACACCUUUAUACUGGUCUAUACCCAGGAUGCACAUGAAGUAAAAACAACAAAACCAUUUUUUCCUUUUAUGAUCCCAUCUAUAACCUCUU